CCAGCUCCAGGGUUUUGUUUGCUGUCGGUGUUCCGCACGUCGAUUUGACCAUUCUGGAACGAGCGAACGAGCCCAAGAAGAUUAGAGCUGGUAUAUAGAACAAGAACGAGCAGACUGUGUUUGGAUCUGAAAUUUUGAAGAUGGGGAGGAGGACGAUGAUGAAUAGUGGCGUUGCCAUGAUAUCCGUGCUGGUAGCUUCUCUCUACACCUCUGCAGCUUUGUCUUCGCCUGAUGCCUUCGUCAAGAAAACCAUCUCUUCCCAUUCCAUCGUCAUCUUCUCCAAGUCUUACUGCCCGUACUGUAAGCGGGCAAAAGCUGUUUUCAAAGAAUUGAACCAGGUCCCCUAUGUGGUUGAACUAGACCAGAGAGAUGAUGGCCAAGAUAUACAGGAUGCCUUGAAGGAGAUAAUAGGGAGGCGUACUGUACCCCAGGUGUUUAUUAACGGAAAACAUCUAGGUGGCUCAGAUGAUACUGUUGAAGCAUAUGAAAGUGGAAAAUUGGCUGAGCUCCUGGGUAUUGAAGAUUAUGAUGAUGAUCUUUGAGCCAAGAUAAUGAGACCAAUUGUCAAACUUUAUACCAUGCUUAUUAUGUAACUCUUCCUCAGACAUGCAGGGUAGAAAGUAAUUUAAUGUUUUUUGAGCAUCACCAUAGCCUUUGAUAUGCUGAGAUAUUUCUUUUUCUUAUGAAAGGGUCAUGGUAUAUGGUAGAAUUUCCUUCCCCGCUUCAUACUGUAGUUAGAGAAUUGGUUCUUUUGAUAUUAAAGAGAGUGCAUUGGAUAUUAUUAAGCAACAUCA